AUGGCGGCCCAACCCAACGCCAACCCACGCCUCGACCACCUCUCGCGCGUCCUCGCCUCCGACCACCCGCCCCCGCCGGCGGCCGCCGUCCACGGGCACCUCAUCCGCGCGCACGGCGACACACCGCCCCCCGUGAUCCGCGCGGCCCUGAACCGCGCCAUCCGCCGCCUGUCCAAACCGCGCCCCCUCGCCGCGCUGCGCCUGCUCCUCCUCAUGCCGCGCCUGCCCGUCUCCCCGGACCACUACACCCUCCCCUUCUCGCUCAACGCCGCCGCGUCCCUCGGCCUCCUCCGUCUCGGCGCGUCCCUGCACGCCGUCGCGCUCCGCCUCGCGCUCGCCCCCUCCUGCCUCCCCGUCGCCAACGCCAUCGUCGACCUCUACGCCAAGUGCAACGACCUCCCGGCCGCGCACGCCGCGCUGGCCAGCAUCCCAUCCCCUGACGCCGUCUCGUUCAAUUCCUUACUCUGCACCCACGCCCGCUUCGCUGCUGUGCCCGCCGCCGAGUCCCUCUUCACCUCCAUGCCAUCCAGAACCCAGGUCUCAUGGAACGCCAUGGUGGUCGUGUACGUCAAUGCCGGUGACUUCGCUUCUGCUCGCCGCGUGUUUGAUGAAAUGCCUGCCAGGGAUUUGGCGUCGUGGUCGGUGUUGAUUGUAGGGUACUGCAAGCACGGGUCCAUGCCGAGCGCGCGAGAGCUGUUUGACAGAAUGCCUAAGAAAGAUCUUGUGACAUGGACGGCGAUGAUAAAUGGGUACGCUCAAAAUGGUCGGCCUAAGGAUUCACUUGCGUUGUUUAGGAAACUGGAGGUUGCAGGGAUUGAGCCAGAUGCAGCCACCAUGGUCGGAGUUAUCUCGGCCGCUUCGCAGAUAGGCAGCAUGGAAUUAGCUGGGCAGAUUGGAGCUAUUGUUGACAAUAGGAGGAUUGAAAGGAAUGAGAAGGUGCUCACGGCACUGGUAGAUAUGCAUGCCAAGUGUGGGAAUGUUGAGCAAGCUCUCAAUGCUUUUAGGGAGAUUGAACAGCCGGAUGCAUACCCAUACACCGCACUUAUUAGUGGGCUGGCGACUCAUGGGCAUGCGAAGCUGGCACUUCAAGUGUUUGAAAGGAUGCAGGCUCAGGCAGUGAGACCUGAUCCGAUCACUUUUGUCGGUGUGCUUACUGCGUGCAGCCAUGCAGGGCUUGUUGAUUUGGGUUUGGACUAUUGGGAAGCAAUGGUGCAGGAUUAUGGGAUUAACCGCCGGGCAGAUCACUAUGCCUGUGUAGUAGACAUGCUUGGUCGUGCUGGGAGGCUUCAGGAGGCUUUUGAGAUGAUCCAAACAAUGCCAAUGGGGCCCCAUCCAGGUGCUCUUGGAGCCCUGCUGAGUGCGUGCAAGACGCAUGACAAUGUUGAAAUUGCAGAAGUUGUUGCAACUAAGCUUUUUGAGUUGGAACCUCGAAAUACUGGCAACUAUAUAAUGUUGUCAAGCAUAUAUGCUGGGAAAGAACAAUGGGAGGAGGCAGAAAGAGUUAGGUCACUGAUGAAAACAAAAUUACAGUUCAAACAGCCAGGGUCUAGUUGGGUUGAGGAUUAACACAAGGAGUGUAGCAAGAUGUCUGUGAGGAGCUGAAAAGCUCCAGAAACAUCUCUCUUUGUUAUAUGUAAAUUCUUGUAAGACAGUGCAAGUAUCCAGGCAUCAAAUAGAGCUAAUUGAAGUGUCAGGAGGGCAGCUACGGAUCAUAAUGCUAUCAAGGUACC